GGACCAAAAGCCAUAGAGCAAGAAAAGCGACCUUCUACUAUUUGUCUUCCCACAGUGUGAACGCGAUUUGCCGGCGCUGCGCUUCAUGGUCGCAGAUUUCACGCUCAGCUGAAAGGAUCACUAAUCUUCACCAUUUGCUUAGAUGUCUUUGCAUCUUGGGAACCUAUCAUCUCAAACUCGCAGGGAUGACCUUGAACGUGUUUUCCGGAGGUUUGGCAGAUGUACUAUACAGGUAAAGGACAAAUAUGGGUUUGUAGUGUAUGAUUAUCCCGCAAGUGCUGAAAGAGCUCUAAAGACACUCCAAGGCAAGAGGAUAUGUGGGGAGGCAAUAACUCUAUCAUGGUCCAAUAGGCAGCCUCGAGCCAUGAACAGAUUUGCUGGAGGUGGAAAAGCAUAUGGGCCGACAGACAGAAAGUACUCUGUGAAAGAAAAUGUUGAUCGGAGGUCGGGUGUAUAUGAUCCACAAGAUUACAAGAUGAACUCCAAGCAAGCUGAUGUGGAAGGUAGAAAAAUUGGUUCGUCGGAUCUGCUUGAUGAGUCAACUAGCUACCAUCCUGAUGAUUCGAGAGGUUAUGCAAGGAAAAGGGAUCGUCCUUCUUCAAAUGAUCGUUAUGGGCUAGGAGGUGCUGGAAACAACAAUUUUGAAGAUGAUAGGUGGGGGGAGCAGGUUAUGGAUCCAUCAAGUGAAAAUAAUUUGGACACUGGUAUGGAGUUUGACCGCUAUGAACCUCACCACAGUGAUGAAAAGCAGGGGUCAGAUGAACACCGUGGCUUAUCUCCUUUAGCUGGUUCUCCCUUUGCAAGAAAUUCCCUAGAGAGAAAAGGAGCUGGAUAUAAUGAUCAUUCAGGAAAAUCUACAAAAUCUCAAACGACAUGCUAUGCAUGUGGGGAAGUGGGUCACAAGAUGAACAAGUGUCCAUUUGAUCUGAAGGGGCAGAGCUCCAGGUCCCAAGGAAGGCUGCGCCCGGGUGCUGACAGUGUUCCCAUGAGGCAUCAUGAAAGUAAAAGGAAGCCAUUCACUUCACGUGAUCACCAAAGAUUGCUGGGUCGUGGAGGUUUUUCCCCUCUGCAGGUUGCUACUAGAGGGAGAAGAAAAGAUUUCAGUAACAAAAAAAGAUAUAGGAGGGACUACGAAGUUCAGGAUAAAAAUGUGAAGAGACCAAGGGGGCCAUCAUCAUCUUCCUUCCACUCUGGUCAUACUUUAUCCAGAUCACAGUCACCAUCUAGAUCCUUAGAGUCUUUGUCUCAGUCCCCAUCAAAUUCCAAGUCCAAGUCAGCGACUUUGAAAAAUGGCUCCCAGUCUUCUUCUAAGUCUGCAACUUCCUGCCACACAGGAUCUAAACCUGUUAAGUCCAAUUCUGCAUUGAGGUCAAUGUCCGCUACCAUCUCAUCAUUACCUAUAGAAUCCCGUAGACAUUCUCCUCCAUCUCCACAUCAAAGACAAACAGAUUCCAAGGAUCCUAUGGUGAAUGCUGUUGGGCUUGCCAAUCGUCAGGAUUUAUUUGAAGGGAUAACAACGGGAGGAGAUGGUGCAGGUGUCUCUACAACUGAGCAUGUUACAGUUCCAACGGAAAAUGCAUGUGAAACAAGACCUGGUAAAUUGGAAAAAGAAGAAAUGAAAGAGGACCUCCUUGCAAAGGAUGAUGAGCACGGCAAUUCUGUAUCAAGAGGUUCAUGUCAAGUGUUAGCACAUUUACUGCAUUCUGAUGAUGGUGCUCAAACUGCUGAUUACAUGUCUCAACACAGUUUGAAAGGGAUGAGAGAUUCUGAAAAGAAUGAUGUUGCAGGAGAAGAUAUGUUGGCUCCAAGAUCUGAUGGAUGUUUAAGGUCUAAAGCUACCAAUCCACUGAGUAUGUCGUUAGAUGAAAUAUGUAUGGUUUUAAAACACUAUGGUCUGCAGUACCCUACAGAAACUGAAAAGAACUUACCUGUGGAGAUAUAUUUUGGUUCUGCCCGCUCAUGGCCUUGGGAAAUGAUAUACUACCGGAGACUGAAAAAGGGUCCAAUAUCAGCUGAGAACUAUGCAAGGAGAAUUUCUCAGAAUGAAGAGUUUGGUAUUAUUGAUAAAUAUAUCAGAGGCAGUAGUGGCUGGAGUGAACUGAAUCAGGACAAUCCUUAAGUAGUCAUUUAUUAACAAGUCAUCCAUUGUUUCUCAAUUGCUUUGGCUCCAUACUUUUACCAUGCUUUUUGGUAAGAAAUGCUUGAGGAGAUCUUGGACCAAAGCCAUUAUCAGCUGUUCAAGAAUAUGAAGUAAUACUCGUGUCUUCUAUCUUUCUCUUGCUUCUAAGCGCAAAUGGGUUCAUGUAUCAGAAAAUUCACCUAGGCAUUUCUGCUUCUUCUAAUGUGAAACUUAGAUGUUUUGGUGGGUGAGACAGUUGAAUUGAAACUAAGCAGAGGCAUAUGGCAUUUGGCACCAGCAUGAUGAAGCAAUAGCUUCACCAAGGAAGGUUGGUCCAUUUGACUUCCUUGGUUUGUGGUUGAGGUGGAGUUCAAUGAGGUCAGCGGCUUCCUAGCUCGCUUAACACUUGCCUGAUACUUUUGAACAUGACUAAUAUCUUCUCUUAAUUAAGUCGAUGCAUACAGUACCAUUCUAUGUGGUACAUGACUCAUGCUGUAUUGAUGCAUGUAUGCUUAUGGAGCGAUCACUUGGAUGAGGGUUAUUGGAACUACAAUGUGUUGUAUUCGGUUAUAGGCAUUCUUUUCUCUCUUGGUAUGGAAAAGAACGAAUUUAUUGAACGAUUGACAAUAUUUUGUAUGAUAUAUGGAUUCCUUAUGUUUGGACUUUCUUCCGCGUUAUGAAACGUUUUUCUCUA